AUGGCAGGAAGCAUUGCUCGUACAAUUUCAAAAUCCUUAUUUGCAAAAGCUCGACCAGAGGGUGUUGGUGCAACAGUUCGCAGAGCAAUUGGCGGGGGUCAUAGUUAUUUGGAUCCGUUCCUAAUGUGCGAUGAUUUCACCGUAGCCCCACCAGCCGGAUUUCCAGAUCAUCCGCACAGAGGAUUUGAGACGGUGACAUAUCUCUUAGAAGGUGCCAUAGCUCACGAAGACUUUGCUGGAAAUAAGGGUAUCAUUGGGCCAGGUGAUAUCCAAUGGAUGACUGCUGGCAAAGGUAUAGUUCACGCAGAAAUGCCAGCAUCUCCCACUCCCUCUCGUGGAAUUCAACUUUGGCUCAAUCUUUCUGCUGACCAAAAGAUGAUUGAACCUAGUUAUCAAGAUCUCAAAGAUAAGGAUAUUCCACGAGCCCAACCAGAAGAGGGUGUUGAGAUAAAAGUAAUUGCAGGCGAAUCACAUGGAGUGCAAUCACCGGUGUUCACGCGGACACCAUCGUUGAUGAUUGAUUUUUCGUUAGUCAAAGGGAAAAAAGUCAGGCAGGAAAUACCAAAGGAAUACAGAGGAUUUAUUUAUGUAAUUAAGGGAUCUGGAUAUUUUGGAGAAACUGAAUACAAAGGCGAAACAGCUCAUGUGCUGUUUCUCGAUGAUAAUGAAGGUGAUCAUUUGAAUGUUGAGGCACGGGAAGACGAUUUGCGGUUUGUUCUCUUUGCUGGCAAGCCGCUUAACGAGCGAAUUGUUCAACAUGGCCCAUUCGUAAUGAAUGCGGAUGAACAGAUUUACCAGGCUAUCCGUGACUAUAACUACUGCAAAAAUGGGUUUGAACGAGCGAAGAAUUGGCGAUCAUCAAUUGCUGAUGGGGUUAUUAGGACUUGA